UCAGUUCAUCGCCUUCCACUUUUUAUUUAGUAGUUCGCAGUGUUUCACAAGGUUUACUUAUUUAUUUGAUCAAUCAAAUAUAUUUUUAUUAAAUUCCCAACACCGUACGAUACAGUCUCGAGUCUCUAUGAUGAUAUGGAGGUAGACGAAAAUCGAUGCUUAGAAUGAGCCCAGUUAAAACAGAAACAAGAAGAGGAUGCGUCCGGCCACCACAUUUCGAUAUAUUAUGGCUCCCGAAAGCGGCUAUAAAGUCGAUGGAGGGCGAUUCUUCAGACUGCGUCUUAGUGGUCGGAGUAUCUCGACCGAAGAUGGCUCUUGCCAUACUCACCAUCAUGUUGAUCUCGCUCUUCUUCACCUUUCAUUUGAUAUACGACAGUGCCCUUAACAGUCUGCAAACAAAACAAGUCGAGCAUUCGAGGCCUCCAGUUCUUUUACUCUCCAGACGGCUAUACCCUGCUGCAGCCAGAAGACUACCGCAGGCGAUUAUCAUGGGUGUACGAAAAUGUGGCACAAGGGCACUUCUAGAAAUGCUCUACCUUCACCCUAUGAUCCAAAAAGCAGCGGGAGAAAUACAUUUCUUUGACAGGGAUGAAAACUACUUCAAAGGUCUGGAAUGGUACCGAAUGCAGAUGCCUCAUUCUUAUCCUGGACAAAUUACUAUCGAGAAGAGUCCAAGCUAUUUUGUUACACCAGAGGUCCCCGAACGCAUCCGAGCCAUGAACUCUAGCAUAAAACUUCUUCUGAUUGUUCGAGAGCCGGUUACCAGAGCUAUCUCGGACUAUACUCAACUCCGGGCAAACGCGGCCACAGCAUCUCCAUCCUUACCGAACCAACCACCGAAGUCGUUCGAGCAGCUGGCGCUCUUCGCGAACGGAUCCAUCAAUGAAUCCUACAGACCUUUGACGAUUUCCAUCUACCACAACUACAUUCACAGAUGGCUGGAGGCGUUUUCCAGAGACCAAUUGCUCAUCGUCAACGGAGAUUUGUUGAUUGAAGAUCCCGUGAGCCAGAUUCAGAAGAUAGAAAGAUUUUUGGGACUAGAACCGAGGAUAGGCACGCAUAAUUUUUAUUUUAAUGAGACAAAGGGAUUUUAUUGUCUAAGAAAUGAAACUUCUGACAGAUGUCUAAGGGAAACUAAGGGAAGAAAACACCCAAGAGUCGACCCCGAGGUCAUAUCAAGACUUAGAAAAUACUUUGGGGAACAUAAUCAGAAAUUCUACGAACUGAUUGGUGAAGACCUUGGAUGGCCUGAAGAAUAAUGUUUCUUCUAUCUUUAGAUUAGUUAAAUUCAUUAAAUCAAUUUCGAAGGUAAAUAUUUAAAACAAGUACUUUAUUUCUUUGGUUUUUUUAUUAACAAACUUGUAAAAAAUAUUUUUGACCGUGUGAAAAAUGGGAUUUUUGAAAAAAAGUUUAUGGAUGUAAGGUUUUUAAUAUUAAGUUUUAAUCAUUUACCUUCUUUGUGUUUUUGAUUUAAGGCAUAUAUUAGCCGGGUGUCGGUCUUUUUAUUAUUUGAAUGUUUUUCAUUAACUACAGAAAUGCAAAACGGAAUUAUAAGAAUGUAGGUAAAUACAACAAAAAUGGAAUGCGUGUUAAAAAGAUAUACACUGUGGGCCGAAAUAAAGGAGUACAUUUUUUCGGUUGAAAAUAACAUUUUUGUUUUUUGACAAAUAACAUGUCCUCAACAUGACAGCAAAUUUGGAAGGAAAAAUAACGUACAGUGUCGGACUUAUAAAAAAAUGUAUGUAACAGUGCAUUUGAGCUCGU